CACCUCUUUAUAAAUCAAGAGGAAACGCCCUCGAGAAACCCUCUUUCCUGUGCUUCCAGUCUUCUUUGGCAGCAAAAUGGCGAAGAAGAGGAACAAGAAAAAGAAUGAUGGCGCCGCUCCCAUGGAGGUCGCUUCAGAGACACACGAGGAUUACAUGAAAGUGGACGGCAACUCUGGAGUAUCUUGUUCGAAGCCUUUUCUUGGUGUUGUUAACAGAAAAUUGAAGAAGACAGCCCCAACAAGAAGAUCAAAGGCAGUUCGCAAAAUGAAGGCCCUGGAAAAGGCUAUAUCAAAGAAUGAAAAGACGGAAGAGAGGAUAUCGAAGCACAAAAACAAAAUAUCAAGAAUUCGUUCUGCAAAGACUUUGUAUGAGUAGAAUAUUUAUGUUAGUGAACAUUAUUCGUACAUACUUUUGGAGCAUUUUUGAAACACAACGAGAUGAUAUAAUUGUUUGCAAUACAAUUGAUGUCAAUCCAGAUGUUUAAUAUAUUUAUCACAUGAAUGUUGGUUAUUUCUUCUA